AUGCGGCGACAGUUGACCUUUGCGCCUUCGUUCCGGCGAGGAGUACAAGCGUCUUCGACGGCCGCGGAGGAGGAAGACAGUGAGGAAGACGACGAAAGGAGGUGUGCGGAGGGUCGUGCGGAGUUGUCGAGAUCCGUGGCGCCGGUGGCGGCAGCGUGCCGGAGGCCAAGUCCCCAGUCGCUGCCUUUCAAGUUUUGGGCGCAAAGUUCAGAAGGUUCAGAGGUUGAGGAAGGCAACCACGAUGAUCACUCGACACCUAAAGCGGUCGAUCUAAUUCAUGGCGACGGGAACAGCAGUAGCGAACCAUCCACGCCGGUCUUCGUCAGGGAAGCGCUCGAAGCAGGCUUCACCAUCGAUCAACUCUCCAGAGCUGAGAAAGCUCUGGACUCAGAUCUUCCUCCAUUGUCACCUGCGAAGCUUCCGGUCGACCUAACCGCGUGCGGCGCGAGUGUCGACAGGGAGAGUAUGGAUCGAGGUUCUCUAAAGUGUAUCGGGCCUAGCAAAAUUUUCUGGCCCACCAAAGGACUCUGUGCUCUUUUCAGAAAGACAGGAACCAGGGAAAUCUCAAAAACCCUUUCCAAGCCACCGUACAAGCCUUCUAGCGCCGCUACGUCGUCUUCUAUCGCGCCAUCACAAUCUUACGCGGACGUGGUGCGGGUUGGGGCGACCAUGGCGGCUCAGGGCUCGGGCGGGAAUUUUGGUCGUGGAGGAGGGGGUAGGGCGGCGAGCUACGAUCCUGGAUUCCAACCGGGAUUCUAUCCAGGACGCGGGGGACGGGGUAGGGGUCAAACCUUUGCUCCUCCUCGUGGUCGCGGUUGUGGUCAUGGAGGCUAUGGCGGUUCGGGAUACAAUGGAUUCAACAGCGUAUACAACGGCGGCGGGCGAGGUGGACGUCCCUAUGGUGGGGCAUACGGAGGAGGGCGUGGCCAUGGCGUGGCUACAGUGCAAGGCCCUGGAGCCAAUUCACAGGUGGCGCUGGGUGCUGUCUCCAAUCCAACCAUGGGGGCAGCACCUCAACCUUUGUCCACAACGGAAACGGCAUCAAUCGAAAUACUCAAGCCGGCCACUGCCCCACCAAGCUCCAACAAUGCAGUGAUCCAGAGCGAUGUGCCAGAGUCAUCCCAGAAGGGGAAUAAAAAAAGCAAGGGUAAACCAUAUUGCUAUCAUUGUCAUACUAAAGGGCAUACAAUUUUAGUUUGUACAGCAGUACUUAUCUGUGAGAUCUGCUUUGGGGAUCAUGUUAAAAAAGUUUGCCCAAAUUUGAAGAAUAUUCUUUCUACUGCUAUACCAUGUGGAUAUGCUGUUGAAGGUUUAGGAUUCUAUUUUAUACCUGUUGUAGAAAAUCCAAAAAUAGUUUUAGAGGACAAAUCAGCUGUGGUACGUGUUCUGGAGGGUUCUCUUACUACAGAUCAACUAGCAGUGGAACUCGACAAACUACUACCCGAAAACAGUUGGGUGAUUGAAGAGAAAGGCAACGACACCUUUAUCACUAAUUUCCCUUCUUCUGAAGUGCUCAAUCACAUGUUUCGGGGACUCCCAACGGAACUGCGAGACUUCCCUAUUAUUUGGGCAAUUGGCUCAAUCCUAGGUGUCUCUCAAGUAGUUGAUACUAAGUUUACAAAGAAGUAUGGCAGAGCUAGAAUGAAAGUAGCCGUGCUGAAUCCCGACCUCAUCCCAGACCUAGUGGAUGUAGUCAUUGGGGAUUAUGUCUAUGAGCUACAAUUCAGAAUGGAGAAAGAUAUGCCCGAUGGUGAGCCCCAAGUCAUUGACAUGGACUCUACCAUGGACGAGGAUAAAGCCCCAGAGGAGAAAGAGCCGGAGAAUAUGGAUCAUGAUGGUAGAAAGAUGGAAGACCCGCCAGCUGGUCAAACAUCUAAAAAGAAGCCUAAUAACAUAGUUGCACCGAGUGGACAACACAUGAGUAAGGCUACCACAGUUAUACCUCUUGAGCAGCACGUGGACUUGGCAAUGGGGACUCAGCAUGUCCUUGCAGAGGACGCUGGGAUCCAGAAGAGUGAUGUAGUUAAGCCGGUGGUGUUACUCACGCAGACUGGGAUGACUCCAGGUGGAUCUGCACAGUGGAAAGCUAGUUUGAUGCAAUCCAAGAUUGACUCUGGUCUUCUGAAUAAGACUAAAGCACUGAGUGGUGGGGUAGUGUCGCCAGUGAGAGCUAGUAAAAGGAACACGUCUACUUCGGAGCAAGACUCGUUGGAAAAGGCAACGAAGUUAAAGGCGCGUAGGAACAUGGAUUCUUCUUCUAUCAAAGAUGAGAACCUAGAUUUAGAUGCUUUAAACCUCAUUUGUGCUGAAAUCUCCGAAGACCUAUGUGAUGGGGGCUGUGACCCUGUUGACAGCCCAAAAAUAAAAAAUAAACACAAAUGUAAAGAUUGUCAAUGCAGUAAGCGCAAGAUCCCUAGAAACAAAGAUUAUGUGCAUAGGAGUCUGAAAAAUGAUGAAGGCAAAUUAAACAAUGACGGAGAAAACAACAGUAAAGUUACUCCAGGGAGAAAAGGGCAUGCACAAAUCGAUCCAUUCAGCCACACAAAGCUGUUAAUGCAGAGUGAUACCUAUAAUGAGAGCUCCAUGUUCAUUACAACUAGUCGACUUGGGGAUGAUACUAGUGCAUAUGGCUACAAUGGUACAGAUUAUGGCUAUGACUUUCAUACUGAGGUGCCGAAAUUCGCCUUCACCGGACCUCGCAUUUCCCCGCCGCCGCUCAUCCUCUCGCGGCCAAUUUACUCUGAUCCCCGACCCCAAGGUGGCGAUCGCGUCAAAUGGCGGCGAAAGGUGGGGUGGAGGGAGGCAGAGGCAGAGGCGCUCAAGGAGCAGGACGCCACCAGCAGACUUGAGGCGGCGGCGGUGGACGUCCUGGGUUUGCCCGACCACGGCAAUUGUUCGCCAGCGCCGGCGCCGGCGGCCAUGGUCCGUGGGUGCCGCAGUGGCAUGCCGGGCAGCCCAGAGCACGGCGUAGCAGCACAAGAAGCCUCCUUUCGCAGCGAGGCGACUCUUGUACCAAAGUCAACGGCAAGACAGCAACUUGGAGGAGCAGGAGGUUGUUACUAUUACAGAAAAAGGCGCGAUCCCAAGCGCAGAGCGGCACGUUCCAGCAAGGCCGCCGCUUCUGCCAAGAGGAGUUCGAACAGGGACCUCCCCGAUCAGUUGGAAGCGCACGCUCGGCGGUUGCUCAUGGACGCCGGCUGGCGCAUCAAGCCACGGAUAAGGAACGACCGCCCCAAGGCGGCGUAUUACUUCACCGCGCCGCAGGGGGAGGCGGUGCUGGCCUCGCUGUCGCAGGCCUGGAGACUCUGCGGCCAGAGGCUGCGCAGUGCCUCCGAGGGGUUGGAAUCGGGGCAUCAGUUUCCUGCGGAGUGGUCGGACAUCGAUCAGUUCUGGAAGGAUCUUGUGGAUGCUAUGGACAGUGUCCGGAAUAUGGCCGUGGAUGGCUCAGCCACACUUCUGCGCCGGUGGCAGCUUCUGGAUCCCUUUGUGGCUGUGGUGUUCAUUGAUAAGAGGAUCACUGCCUUGCAAAAGCAGAAAAAGAUUAGAGCUGUUGACAGUUCAACCUGUUUUGUUGAUUAUUAUGGUGACAAUAGACCCUCAACAGAUAAGCCUACUACUACCACAAGCCCAUGUUCUGGCUAUAGCCGUGUAGCAACUGACGUCUGCGACGGGCAUCAAGAUAUGGUGACAAAAGACACUGGGGUCUCUGGCCAAGCAGAAAACCACAUUCAGUCAAAUGCUGGACCAGCACAUUCUGAUUCUGGGGCAAACCUCGACAACAGUUUGGUUAAAAGGGUGCGGAAGAAGCCCAGAUGGCUAUCCGACUUUGAGUCAACUGGAUUGAAUGGCCUAUAUGCCCAGAGCUUUAUGCAGCCCUCUGUACCUUUGAGUGAAUCUGGAUGCUGUUCAGUUGGCAGUGGCACGCUCAAGAAACAUUUAAAAUCAAGGAACGAGUCAAUGCCUUCGGAGUCGAAUGGAUGUUCUGUAGCUAAAUCUACUGUGGCCGAAUCAGAUGCAGAUGCCUCUGCCAAGAAGCAGCAAUCUAGAUUGCCGAAGAAAUCACCAGCCAGGUGCUUGUCUGAAGAUGUGGUUACUGUUUCUGAUGUCAGCAAUGUAGUUGUCAAAUCAUGUCAGAAACAUAAUGCUACUGUGGUGGAAUGUAGUACUUCUCUGGAAGCACAAAGCCAUAAGGAACCCACCAUUGCGAGCAAGUCUGAAAUUUUUGAAAAGCAGGCAAAGAAAAGGCCUUUUGAGAUGCAUUUUAAUGAUGAUGACCUUUUGAUCACAGCUAUUUGCCGAAAUCCAGAGAAUAAUGAAGUACUUAAGGAUGGGUGGGUUACCUGGGAUGGCAUUCUGUGUAGUUGUUGCAUCAAGACGUUGUCAAUUUCAGACUUCAAGGCUCAUGCUAUGAUCAGUCUUCCUAGAUCCUCCUUGAAUCUAUGUCUUCAGUUUGGCAAGUCACUCACCCUUUGUCAAAUCGAGGCUUGGAAUGCCGAAUAUAUGGACAGGCGGAGUAAUGCAUGCAGUAGAAAAGUGGAAGCGGCCGAUGAAAAUGAUGAUACUUGUGGUUUCUGUGGAGAUGGUGGUGAGCUACUUUGCUGUGAUAACUGCCCAUCAACAUACCAUCAAUCUUGCCUGUCAGUCAAGGAGCUCCCAGAUGAUAGUUGGUACUGCCAUAACUGUAUAUGUCGUAUUUGCGGUUGUCCAAUCAGUGAAAAGGAGAUCUCAAGCUUCUCAGCUAUCUUAAAGUGCUUACAGUGUGGAGCUGCACACCAUGACACUUGUGUUGAGACGGGGGCAACAGCCUUUGAGGAAAUGGAUUCUGACGAGUGGUUUUGUGGAACAUCCUGUAAAGAGAUAUAUUUAGGACUGCAUGGUUGUGUUGGAGUGGAGAGUUCCCUUGGCGAUGGGCUUUCAUGGACCAUAUUGAGGUGCAACAGUGGUGGGCAGAAGCUGCAUUCUAUACAGAAGAUUGCCCAUGUGAUAGAAUGCAAUUCAAAAUUAGCAGUGGCUCUAGCUCUUAUGGAGGAAUGUUUUGCUAAAAUGGUGGAUACUAGAACUGGCAUAGACAUGAUACCACAUGUCAUGUACAAUCAGGUGCAACAGUCUGAUUAG